AUGUAUUGUACUGCUCAUUCUCAUUCAGCUCAUUUUCCUGCUCUUGUGAUGAUUGCCCUUUCUUUCCCUCUUCUCAGUCUCCCUCUGGACAACCUUAAAGAUGUGUUCCGCAAUAUGAAAAUCACCGAACUGACCUGCUGCUCACUGCUUUCCACAAAAACUAAACACUUCAUUCGACAUUUUUGCAUUUUCAAAGAACUUUAUCUAUAUGUUGAAGUAGAUUAUGCAUUGGAAUACAACAUUUCUUUCCAAGGAGUUCUACUUCAUUCGUGUUCUCACACAGAUGGAGAGUUUUGUAUAGAUGAAAAAGAGAUCAAGUGGCGGGUUGAUCCGAGCAGUUGGUUCAACAACUUGAUGUAUAUCCUCAACCCUCCAAAAAUCAAUCAUUUGUAUUUUCAACUCGCAGAUGGAUAUUUUGAUGAGCAGCAGUGUCAGAUGGUCAAGGAAUCCUUGAAUAAAAUUCAAAUCUUUGAUUUUUCCAUCGGAUACACUACGGAAACAAAUCACAUCACCAAACUCUUUACCACAUUUACACCAAUCAAUGACUUUACAUUACAUCAAAAUGUUUCACAACUGUUAAACUCCUCUCAACUCUCACAACUACGACCAAUAUUGUCACAGGAGUUUCAAAGAAUAUCCGUGAAAGCCGAUUUAUCGCUGAAUGAGCUACUUCUCACAGAAGGCCCAUUCAUCAAAAUUACCAGCGCACUUUUAACAAAUAAGGAAAUCAAUGUGUUCUUGAAACAUUGGAUGGACGGUUUGAAACCAGAGCUCAAAUAUCUCUGUCUCCGAAAUGACCGUACCGAUUGUGUCUUCAAUCCGACCGCUAUUCUUGAAGGAAUUCCCCACGAGCUUGCCCCGAGUGAAAGGAGGUUUUGUAUGCGUGAUCUGGGACUCAAGUUCGGAGGAAUCGAUAUUCACCUGACCCAAGGAAUCAAAGCAACUAUCGUGUUCUUUAACUCCCUUACCUCAGGAAUUUGUGUUGCUGUUCAUAAUUCAGAGUAUCUAUCUUUCAAAUAACCACAAUCCAAACGGAACUUUGAAUAAAAAAUAUUUUUAUUACAAAA